AUGUCUAAUGAGGAUGUUGGUAGUAUCGGUGAAGAGGCCAGAAAGGAGCUUCAGAGCGCACUGCGAGAAGAAUAUGAUGCGUUGUUUAGGCUAAAAGAGGAUAAUGGUCUAGAGAUAUAUCCAAUUUUCAACGUUUUACCCGCCAAGAAGGAGUACCCUGACUAUUAUGCCUUGAUUAAGAAUCCGGUAUCGUUCAAUACCUUGAAGAAGCGUGUUUUACACUAUAUGGAUGCACAGAGUUUCGUAAACGAUUUGGUGCAAAUACCAUGGAACGCAAAGACGUAUAAUACCAAAGAAUCCGCAAUCUACAAAUACGCGACUAUAUUGGAGAAGUACAUUAAUGACGAGGUUGUCACCAGAUUGAAAAAAAAAUUCCCUAGUGUGGAGUAUCCGUACCUGGGACCACUGCCGGACGAAGUGGACACGAAAAGACCUAUAACCCAGUUGAAAACCAAUUUGUAUAAUUCGAAGGGCGGUCACAGUUUAAGAGUGCGCAAAGAGCAUCAGGAAAAUCGCUCGGACUCUGUAGAUGUCGAGUACGCUGAAGGUGAAGAAGACGACGACGGUGAAGGCGAACAUGAGGGUGAAGGCGAAGAGGAAGACGAUGAUGAGUACAUUGAGGGAAGAAAGCUUCCGAAUCUAAGGAUCAAUCUUCAUAGAGGUAUGACGAAUAGCCAGUCCGGUGGAAGAUCAAAUUCAUCAACUCCGAAACCCUCAUAUGGCAGACAUCAGCAGCAAAGAACUCAUAUGAGGCGUGGUAGACCCCCAGUAAUUGAUCUACCGUAUGUGCAAAGAAUGAAGAAUAUACUAAAAAUGCUGAAAAAGGAAAUUGAUGAUGAGAAUGAACCUCUGACGGCAACUUUUGAAAAAUUACCGGAUGAAUUAAGAGAUCCUAAAUAUUAUUCAAUGGUCUCAAAUCCGAUAUGCCUAGAAGAUAUAAGGAAAAAGAUUAAGACUCGUAAGUACAAGGACUUUCAGAGCUUUCAAAAUGAUUUCAACCUUAUGUUAGCAAACUAUAGGCUAUACCAUCGUACCGAACCGCAGUAUAUCAAACGUGCAGCAACACUUGAAAAGAAAUAUAAUGCAAUGGCGCGUCAUGAAUUAUCAAAACCUGACAGAGAUUAUAUGCCAGAAGGCGAAUUAAGAUACCCUAUUGAUGAACUUGUUCUUAAUGGAAAAAGCUAUAGAAUUGGUGAUUGGGUCCUGCUGGAGAAUCCUAACGACUCAACUAAACCAACUGUUGCUCAGAUUUUUAGACUGUGGAGUACGUCUGAUGGGAAAAGAUGGCUGAAUGCUUGUUGGUACUUAAGACCUGAACAAACGGUUCAUAGAGUCGAUAGACUGUUUUAUAAGAACGAAGUGGUCAAAUCAGGUCAGUAUAGAGACCAUUUAGUCGAAGAAAUUGUUGGUAAAUGUUAUGUUGUUCAUUUCACUAGAUUUCAACGAGGUGAUCCUGACAUUAAACUUGAAGGACCACUUUUUGUUUGUGAAUUUCGUUAUAAUGAAAAUGAAAAAAUUUUCAACAAGAUCAGGACCUGGAAAGCUUGCUUGCCGGAAGAAAUUCGUGAUCAAGAUGAGGCAACAAUACCAGUUAACGGUAGAAAGUUUUUGAAGUAUCCAUCACCUUUGAGACAUCUUUUGCCAUCAAAUGCUACCCCAAAGGAUCCUAUCCCACAACCUACGGAAGGUGCAGUAAAUGCCCCACCAUUAAUUGGUGGUGUUUAUUUAAGACCAAAAUUAGAGCGCGAUGAUCUAGGUGAAUAUGCAACUUCAGAUGAUUGUCCGCGUUAUAUCAUUAGACCAGGCGACCCAGCAGAAGAUGGUAAAAUGGAUUUUGAAACAAGUACUAUAAUAACAAGUGCACCAGCGGCAGCUUCCUUGUCAAAAACAAAUCUUUCCAACCCAAGAUUAGCUGCUAUGAAACAGAAUAGAUCAGGAACAGGUCUUAAUUCACUGCGUAACGGUGGUUAUGUACCAGGGAUAGCAGGAAGUUCAGCAAACUUAGCCACUGCCACGGGAUUAUCAGGAUCGGGUUCUGGAAUAGGUACUCCAAACGGAUUGGCCCCUGGACAGCAGUUAACCGUGCAUGGUCUCAAACAACACCAGUUAAACAAACAACAAUUACAUUUACAACAGCAGCAACAGCAAAAGAGAUCUCAAGCUUCCGGUUACAGUCUGACAACCAUCGUUAAUAAUCUAGCGGCCCAAGCUUCAAAGACAAGUCUAGGAAUUUCCGUGGACGCUCCGGGGGCUUACCUCUUGCCAAUAAGUAUAACAAAAAAUGUUGAUGGCUUGCUGAGAGCGGACUAUGCCAGUCAGGUAAGAAGACUUGGCAAGGACCAAGUUCCCAGAAGAAAAAGAAAUAAAGGUGAAGUCAUUUGGUUCCGUGGACCCAGCGUUGCCAUAGAGGAAAGGUUGCUCAACUCGGGCGAUGAAUUUCUCCAACCACCGCUGAACAGAUGGUUUUCUAAGAACAAAAAGCAAAAAACAGUCGCUGCCGCUGAUGAGCAACAAGAUAUCGAAAGUGCGAUGGGUUCAGAGGACGAGCAGGACAACCUUCCUGAUACCUUCCCGCUAGCUUUAAGGCCUUCUGCAAAGUUUAUGGCUUUCAAGAUUGCCUCACGUGAUAACAUGCAAACAGAGUCACUUUGA